AUGGCGUCGCGAAAACGCACCGCGGAAGAACAUCCUGACGGUGUCGUCAGGGCGGCGAGCAAAUCAUUUUUCGCCGCCCCGCUAACAAACUCCUUGACGUCUGAUCACCUCAGUCCUCCUCCGAGUCCAACUUCGAGUUGUAGUCGCCAAAAACCCGCCGGCAUGGAAAGAAUUUUCGCACUGUCGCCGACGCCGACUGUCGUCCUCGACAAAGAUUUACGAAUAGUCAUCCUUUCGAAUUCCUGGCAGAAACAGGCCUGUAUCUCACUGGACAGAGUUCGUGGCAAAUCCUUUCUGGAGACGAUCGACACGUUGCACCUGCCAACAGAUGCCGUCACCACCACCCAACUGAUUCAGGGUGCAAUCGCGAGCCGCGAAGAGCAGCGCUCUGAACCCCUACAAGGCAUUCAGGCUUCCAGCUAUUGGCGGGUCCGCGUGGUCCCCAUUUUUGACGAGGACGAGCUCCUCUACGUGGUUAUUGAGGGUGUUGACGCUACGCUAGAGGUCAACGCGACACGAGAACAGCUCGCUCAACUGUCAUCGGCAGAGACAUAUCGCAUCUUGGUUAGCACCCUUCGCGACUACGCCAUCUUCAUGCUGGAUGCCAAUGGCUGUAUAGCCACGUGGAACACAGGCGCCAUGUUACUCAAACAGUACACCCGGGAAGAAGUCCUGGGCCGACACUUCUCGACUUUUUACAGCGAAGAAGACCGAAAAGCACGGAAACCUGAAAAGGAACUGGAAGUAGCGCUGCGAGAGGGCAAAGUUGAAGACGAGGGCUGGCGGGUCAAAAAGGACGGGUCGAGGUUUUGGGCGAAUGUCAUCAUCUCUCCCGUCUACCGCGACGGAGUCUUGACUGGUUUCAGCAAAAUCACCAGGGAUUUGACGGAACGAAAGGCGGGAGAGGCACGACUCAUUGCUGCCUACGAAGAGGCAUCCAAAAUGAAGUCCGACUUCUUGGCUAACAUGAGCCACGAGAUUCGAACGCCCAUGCAUGGGAUGCUCUCCGCCUUGUCGUUACUGAUCGACACGGGCCUCACGGACGAACAAAAAGAGCUUGCCAACAUUAUCGAUGAAUCGGGAGCCAUACUGUUGCAGGUCAUCAAUGACAUCCUCGAUUAUUCCAAGCUCAGCUCCGGAACGUUUUCCCUCAACAAGGAGGUCAUGAAUAUUGCGGAAAUUGUCGCUGCCGUGCGACGGUGUUUCAAUAUAGGGUCGGCCGAAAAUUUGAGAUUUGAAAUCGACCUGGAUCCUCACCUCCCAACGUUUGCUCAAGGAGAUCCUCUCCGCUACCGUCAGAUUUUGCAGAACCUAGUGUCAAACGCAAUCAAAUUCACCGACCGAGGCUAUGUACGCGUCAAGGUCGCUCUCACCCACGAGGACGAAUCCUCAUAUGACAUCAAAACCGAAGUGAUUGAUUCUGGUAUUGGCGUCCACCCCGACGCGGAGAAUGUCUUAUUCACCCCAUUCACCCAGCUGGACACCUCUUCGACUAAGAGAUACAAAGGCACCGGACUUGGCCUUUCCAUCUGCAAGAGUUUGGCCGAACUUAUGGGUGGGGUGGUGGGUUAUCUGCGGAAUCCAGAGGGCCAGGGAAGCCUCUUCUAUUUCACAUCCAAGAUCAACAAGUUAGAAGUCUCACCGGCCAAACCAUCUCCCAAAGCAGCGCUGGAUAUGGAUCUCAAGAAGUUGGCGCAAACGAAGCACAUCCUUCUCGUCGAAGAUAACGCCAUCAAUCAAACCAUCAUGGUUCGCCUUUUGCGAAGCUUUGGCCUGGAGAAGGUGGACGUGGCUGCUGAUGGCGCCGAGGGGGUGAAGAAGGUAACCGAAAAACCUUUGGCCUACAGCCUGAUCUUGAUGGACAUUUCCAUGCCGGUGAUGGAUGGUGUGACCGCCACAAGGAAGAUUCGGGGAGCUGGUCAUGUGGUUCCUAUUAUUGCCAUGACUGCCAACGCGUUGAAAGGAGACGAAGAGGCGUACCUUGCAGAAGGCAUGAACGACUAUAUUGCCAAGCCGGUGGACAGAAGGCUUCUUAUGGAGUCGCUAGUGAGAUGGCUGCGUUAA